CCAUUUCCAAUUCGCAAGGAUGCGCAAUCGUCUUGAACAUGGAGACUGCUCUUUGACCAAUCAAAACGUUGUCUCAAAUUCGUUCGGGCCAUUUUAUUGUAAAAUAGGAGGACUUCGUACAAAACAAUGGGUCGCGACCCUUUUCGGCUUUGCAUUAGUCGUCUGUGUUUCAGGACUGUCGGUCUUGCAUCCAAUCGUUACCGUUCUCAUCAACGCAGUUAUCAUAACCAACUUAUCAUGGAAAAAAUGUCACUUGAUCAGCCUAUAUUUCUCCUUUUUCUACUUACUGGUAAUCUUUCGAUUGGGACACUAUUUUGGUUUACCGAGUCCAUCAACUCACACGAAUCUCGUUGUAAUGAUUCUCACCUUAAAGCUAUCCGGGCUAGCAUUCGAAAUCAAUUCGGCAGCAACUGCGCCAGCCGAUGAUAUUCAAGGAGCAAAUUCCGACGCGCUCAAGAAAAUUAAUUUCAUGGAUGUGAUACAUUAUAGCUUUAGUUAUAUGGGUGUACUAACAGGUCCGUAUUACCGUUACAGGACGUACUGGGACUCUUUGCAUAGACCAUUUUCCAACUACGUUGAUCCGUGGCCACUCACCUAUUACAAACUCAAACAAAUCACGGCGUUCAUCGCGUUGUUUCUAGUGAUAAACUAUCUCUUUCCCAGCGAUUACACGCAAACAGUAAUGUUCGAAGAGCACUGUUUCCUCUAUAGAUUUUUCUAUAUGUAUCCGGCAUUCGCUGGUUUUCGAUUGAGAAUGUUUAUUGGUAUGGCGCUGGCCGAAUGUGUUUGCCAAAUGUCAGGAUUAGGAGCUUAUCCGGUCUGCUGUCAACCUACACCUGGUCUAGGCCCACGUGAUUACAAAAUGAUCGAAAAAUUAUCGCUUGAUCACGAGAGAAUGGAAAAAGAGAAACAGGAUUUCGAAACGGUGCAUAACAUGAAUGUGUGGGAAGUGGAAUCAUCUCCAUUUAUUAGGCACACGAUGAAAAUGUGGAAUACAUGCGUACAAUAUUGGAUGGCUGUAUGCAUUUACAAAAGAUUCCCUCAUAAAGGUUUAAGAACCAUCGCCACAAUGACUUUAUCUGCUCUAUGGCAUGGUUAUGCUGCCGGAUACUACUUUUGCAUCUGUCAAGUCCCGCUCUAUCUACCUUUCGAGGACAUCUGUAUUAAAUUUUAUAAUCAAUACGAAGAAAAUGAAUUUGGCAAGAAGGCCUGGAGAUUCUUCCUCUGGUGGGCGAAACUUACAUGCAUGGCGUAUCUUGGCGUGCCCUUCCAAUUACUGCGCUUCCAAGAAAUAAUACAUUUUUACAAAAGUUUAUAUUUCUCCGGACAUAUCUUAGGACUUAUAGCUUAUCUCUUCUCACGAAUCCUAAAAACUCGCUCUCUUAAACAACAAACGGAAGAACACAAAAAGAAAUAAUUUUUCUUGCUUUAUGUUGGCUUUAAAAAAAAGAAAAAAAGGUUCGUAUUUCAACGCGAGAGAAACAUGUUUCGAUUUAACCAUUUUUUAAACUGUUGAUCCACUAGAGGAAAUCGAUUUUCAAUUAUUAUUUGAUAUUCGUUUAUAAUUGCUAUUUUUUUGUAUGAUAUAGUACUUUCUUUACAUUAAAAUCUUACGUAAACUGCUAUACAAAAUGUUUCCUAACAUGUGAAACGCACUUUGGGUGGAGGAUACCUAUAUAAUGAAAAAAGAUCCCAUAGACAUGUAUCCUUUUGAUUUUGUUUCAGAAUUAUAGUCAUUUUUUUCCUCCAAUAAUGUAUAGCUACUUAUCUUUAUAGAAAUAUUCGAAAUAAUCACCUUUGAUUUGCAAAGCA